AUGUCUAAUAUUACGCCUAUUUUUAAAGAAAUCGAAGAUUUAAUUGAAAGUGGAAAUGGCGAUAAAUGUAUGUUAAACAUUUUAAUAGAUACAUUUAAAUCUAAAGAAUUGAUAAAAAACGAAGAAGAACUUUCACGUAAAUAUAACACGUUAAAAUCGUUUCUAGAAAAUAUCAUCAAUGAAAUUGAUAAACUAGCUAAUGAAAUUAGAAAUCAUGAAGUUCUUAUAAGUGUGAAAAAUCAAAAAACUUUACGGACUUGCUAUCAGAUUCUGACUUCAUUUGGUAUUUCUCCAUGCUUAAUACCUGGUCUAGGUAUUAGCUUAUCAAAAAGAUGUGUAAGUGCACAGUUAUUACCACAAAUAGUGUUAUCAGACGAACAAAAAUAUGAAAUUUUGACAAUUUGUACAGAUUUUCUUUAUAGAAGUUAUGAUGUACCUGUUCUUAAAAGCAUUAUCAUUACUCUCCAUUUAUCUGAUUAUUUAGCUGCACUUAUUCAAUUAGCCUUUGCUCCACUAAAAAAACCUGGAGUCUAUUCUAAAUUUAUUAUGACUGAAGAAUUGUAUGAGAAAUUAAAUUAUGAUAGACAAAAAUAUGUCAAUAUUUAUGAAUAUCUAGUUAAUAAUUGUUUCCAACCAAUGUUAAUGAAAGAACUGUUGGUUUUACAAAGUAUUACUGACCCUUUACCACCACCAUUUGCAAAAAGAGUUAUAGCAAAGGAGAUGAGCAGGAGGUUGACAAUGCCAGGAGGAUUGCUUAGUUUAAUAAGAUGUUUUAUUGAAACUAUUGACUUAGACACAGGUGUUGAAUGGAAAAAGAUUGAUAUGAUUUGCAAAAUAGUAUGCAUUAAACAUGGGAAUAUGACAGAGAAAGACUACUUAAAGAAUAUCACUUCUCAAUUGAAACAGAUAUUAUUGUUGAAUAAUGCUCAUUAUCUUGCAACUGCUACUUCAUGCUUGUUGAAUUUAUUAGAAAAGUUUGGUGGGAAUGAAUGUGUUAUUGAUUUAGCCAAAGAAGUAUUAAAAUCACUAGACUAUGAAACUCUUUUAAUUAAAUGUGAAUAUCCUGGUACAAUAAUUUUGACUCCUCAAGAAGUAGAUCAUUAUAUAAACAUUUUCCAUGCCUGUACCAGUUUAUUAAAUACAGAUAUUCCACCAGACUAUAUAUCUUCGAAUUUAUAUGUACUUUUCCUCCUUAAGAUUAAAUGUACGAAAGAUGAAACAAAAUCCAAACUAAGCCAUAUAAUUUUAAAAGGUCUUGAGGUAUUGAGUCACAUCCAAUUAAAAAAUAUCAUAGAAAAGUUCUUAUUUGGAUGGGAACACACCAAGCCGUUAGACCUUGUUAUUGAAGAAUAUGAUGCAGGAUUAGCUAUAAAGUGUAGUGGAUCUCAUAUAGACCAUCAACUAGAUGCUGCUGCUGAACACUUUUUAGACAUAUUUGAAAUAACAGCAAAUAAUGUACUAGUAGAAAAUUUAUUUGAAUGCUGUCUACAGAUAUUUAUAAACAUAAAUGACAAAAAGCAAAAAGCAAAGAAGGCAAAUGUUUUGCAGAUGACUCAACAUGUUAAAGAUGAAUGUGAAUUAUUGACUGCAAAUGAUGAAAAGUAUGCACAAAUGUUACAAAUUCUAGCCGUUAUAUCUUCUUCACAAAAAGUUUUAACUGCAUUGAAAGCUAAUCCUUGGAUAGUACUCAAUUUUUUGGAGAAUCUUUUUUCUUCAAAUAAUGAUAAUUCAAAUGAUGAAUGUAAAACAAUUGCUUUAGUCUUACUAAAUACAAUAUUGGCAAAUAUUCCUAAAACAAAUGAAUUGGAACAGAGGUUACAUAAACUUCUGCCUAUAUUGAAGCAGAUGUCGGAAGAUAGCUCUGAAUAUGUCAGUAUACUGUGUAAAGAAACAGUGUCUUUGAUUUUAUCAGAAUUUCCAACAAAACAACAAAGUGCUUAUGAAAAGGCCCAUUCAGAUGUAUUUGAUAAUUUAUUACCAGUGAGGGCUCAUGGCAUUAUGGAACUAACGAAGCUUAUAGAUAAAUCUGACCUAGAGACACUCUCUAAGAGACAUUACAUUUUCUGCUUAUUACAGGAACAGCUGAAAGACUCUGAUUCCUACAUAUAUUUAUCUGCUGUCAAUGGUCUAGCAUCUUUAGCGACGCAUUGCACGAAUGAAGUGUUAAGUGCUCUGUGUAAAGAAUAUUUAGAAAUUUCAUUAGAAACGAGUAUAGACACACAAGAAAAUCAUAAAAAAGUGGCAGAGUUGAGGAUGAAACUGGGAGAUAUUAUUGUUAAAGUUACAAGAAGAUUAGGAGAAAUAGCUGUAGUUCACAAGACGAUAUUACUGAACACGAUGCUGUGCGCAUCCAGAGACAACGACCCACUAAUACGAGCGUCAGCGUUAUCCAACUUAGCAGAAAUAGCAUUAGUAAUAAAUUACAAAAUUGGCACUAUUAUAUAUGAGGUACUACUUUGUAUCUGGAAUAUUAUAGAGACAGAUAAAGCAAUAGAGUGUCGUAGAGCCGCUGUAAUGGUCAUUGCCAGUUUACUAAAGGGCUUAGGUCAAGACACGUUGGUGGAACUAAAAGAAAACAUUCUACCAAUAUAUAGAACAUUAAAUAAGCUGUACAAAGAUCCCAAUGAAGAUUCAAUUUUAAAAUUACAUGCACAAAUAGCUCUCGAAGAACUGGACGAUAUUGUGAAGAAAGUCCUCUGCCCUGAAUUGCCGAUGGAAAAAGAAAUUUUAAUGAUAAACAACACAAAAGAUAUUAUCUUCAAA